ACACACAAAUAAACAUCAUUCCUUUCUCUUUAAUGGACACUAAAAUCGGAUCCAUCGACGCGUGCAAGCCCACCAAUGGCGACGUCGGCAGUCCACCAAGCGGCGCCGUUGCAACCAUCCAUGACUCUGUUCCCUCCUCCGCCAUCUCCGUCGGCUCCUCCGAAGCCACACUCGGGCGUCACUUGGCCAGACGCCUUGUCCAGGCCGGAGUCACCGACAUCUUCUCUGUUCCUGGUGAUUUCAACCUAACUUUGCUUGACCACCUCAUAGCCGAGCCUGAGCUCAAGAACAUCGGCUGCUGCAACGAGCUUAACGCCGGCUACGCUGCCGACGGUUACGCUCGUUCCCGUGGAGUGGGCGCUUGCGUCGUGACCUUCACGGUUGGUGGUCUAAGCGUUUUGAACGCAAUCGCUGGUGCAUACAGCGAGAAUCUGCCGGUUAUAUGUAUCGUUGGAGGCCCUAACUCCAACGAUUUUGGCACUAACCGGAUUCUUCAUCACACCAUCGGUUUACCUGAUUUCAGCCAAGAGCUUAGGUGUUUCCAGACCGUUACUUGCCACCAGGCGGUGGUGAACAACUUGGAAGAUGCUCAUGAACAGAUCGACAAGGCCAUUUCAACAGCUCUUAAAGAAAGCAAGCCUGUGUACAUCAGCAUUAGCUGCAACUUGGCUGCGACUCCUCACCCUACUUUCAUUCGUGAUCCUGUCCCCUUCUCACUUACUCCAAGAUUGAGCAACAAGAUGGGCCUAGAAGCUGCGGUUGAAGCAACGUUGGAGUUUCUCAACAAGGCCGUGAAGCCGGUCAUGGUUGGUGGUGUCAAGCUACGUGUAGCCAAAGCCAGCGAUGCUUUUGUCGACCUUGCAGACGCUUCUGGCUACGCUCUGGCAGUGAUGCCAUCUGCAAAGGGCCUUGUCCCGGAGAACCAUCCUCACUUCAUUGGGACUUACUGGGGAGCAGUGAGCACUCCUUUCUGCUCUGAGAUUGUGGAAUCUGCAGAUGCCUACAUCUUUGCAGGCCCAAUCUUCAAUGACUACAGCUCUGUGGGUUACUCUCUUCUCCUCAAGAAAGAGAAAGCCAUCGUUGUGCAUCCUGACCGUGUCACUGUUGCCAAUGGUCAAACGUUUGGGUGCGUUCUCAUGAGCGAUUUCUUCACUGAAUUGGCUAAGAGGGUUAAGCGUAACGAGACGGCUUAUGAGAACUACCACAGGAUCUUUGUCCCUGAAGGCAAGCCACUGAAAUGCAAGCCAAAAGAGCCUUUGAGAGUCAACGCAAUGUUCCAACACAUUCAGAAGAUGCUCUCUAGUGAAACGGCUGUGAUUGCUGAAACCGGUGAUUCUUGGUUUAACUGCCAGAAACUAAAGCUGCCUAAAGGAUGUGGGUACGAGUUUCAGAUGCAGUAUGGAUCCAUAGGGUGGUCUGUUGGUGCGACUCUGGGAUACGCACAGGCUGUACCAGAGAAGCGAGUGUUGGCUUUCAUCGGAGAUGGAAGUUUCCAAGUGACGUGUCAGGACAUAUCCACCAUGCUGCGUAACGGUCAGAAAACAAUCAUCUUCCUGAUUAACAACGGUGGCUACACCAUUGAGGUAGAGAUUCAUGACGGUCCAUACAACGUGAUCAAGAACUGGAACUACACAGGUCUAGUCGAUGCCAUUCAUAACGGUGAAGGCAAAUGCUGGACCACAAAGGUGAGAUACGAGGAGGAGCUUGAGGAGGCGAUCAAGACAGCUACAACGGAGAAGAAGGAUUGUCUUUGUUUCAUAGAGGUGAUAGUUCACAGAGAUGAUACGAGCAAAGAGUUGCUUGAGUGGGGCUCACGCGUCGCUGCUGCUAAUGGUCGUCCCCCAAACCCUCAGUAAUAGAGAUGAACGAAUCUUGAGUGGGACCAAUCACAUUGUUUCCCUGUUUACUACUCUUUGUUUAUUUCCAUGCUGGUUUUACUUUUCAACCGUUGGUUUUAAUUGCUUUUGUAGUUUAUUCCAAUUAGUACGGUUUAUCGUGGAAUAAAAGUUGCUUUUUCAUUCUAAUUUCAAUUAUUG